ACGCGCAGCCACCACUGGUGUUUAAAGCAACUUUGCACAAAACACUAAAGUGAGUGAAAGAAGGAAAUGGAGGAAGACAACCUUUCCCUGGUCUUACACAGUAAAGGCGAUCUAAGGCUGGAACAACGUCCCAUACCAGAGCCUGGAGCUGAAGAGGUUUUACUUCAGAUGCACUCAGUGGGGAUCUGCGGCUCUGACGUGCAUUACUGGCAGCAUGGACGGAUUGGGGACUUUGUUCUUCAGAAGCCGAUGGUCCUGGGCCAUGAGGCAGCAGGGCAAGUGGUCAAAGUAGGAUCUGCAGUCAUUCACCUCAAACCAGGUGACAGAGUGGCUAUUGAGCCUGGAGUCCCCCGUGAAAUGGAUGAGUAUCUCAAAUCUGGCCGAUACAACCUAUCGCCCACUGUGUUCUUCUGUGCCACACCACCUGAUGACGGGAACCUCUGCAGAUACUACAAACAUAACGCCAACUUCUGCUACAAACUUCCUGAUAAUGUGAGUUAUGAGGAAGGGGCUCUGGUUGAGCCGCUCUCAGUGGGGAUUCACGCAUGCAGGAGAGCUGGCGUUACUCUGGGCAGCUCUGUGUUCAUCUGUGGAGCAGGACCGAUCGGACUGGUCACUCUGUUGGUAGCUAAAGCCAUGGGAGCCUCUCAAGUGCUUAUAAGCGACCUUUCUGCUGAUCGGUUGGCCAAGGCUAAAGAGUUAGGAGCCGACUUUGUUCUUCCUGUUAAGAGAGACGAUAUACCACAGGAAAUGGCCAAACGUGUGGAUGGCAUGUUGGGGGGCAUGCCUCACAUCACCAUUGAGUGUAGUGGUGCCGAGAGCAGCAUCCAAACAGCAAUCUAUGCCACGCGCCCUGGAGGUGUAGUCGUUUUGGUUGGACUUGGUAAUGAAAUGAUCACAGUUCCUCUCGUUACUGCUGCGAUCAGAGAAGUGGACAUCCGAGGUGUGUUCCGGUACUGCAACACGUGGCCUAUGGCUAUUUCUAUGCUGGCCUCUAAACGUGUGAAUGUAAAGCCACUGGUCACACACCGCUUUCCACUGGAGCAAGCUGUGCAAGCAUUUGAGACGACUCGACAGGGCAUUGGGAUCAAAGUCAUGCUGAAAUGUGACAAGAAUGACCAGAACCCAUGAGAAAAGGAGAGCUAAUUAUUACUCUGUCCAUCAGUAAAGCAAUUUAAUCUACAACCCCAAAUCAGACUUGUAUUGUAGUCAAAACAAAACAGUACAUCAUUUCUUUUUUUUUUUUUUUACCUCAUUAAUUUUAUUUUUUCAAAAUAAACACAUCUCAAUUUUGAUUCUUGCAACACAUUUCAAAAAAAGGUGGGAUAGUAAGACUUUAUAAUGUUACCACUUUAUAAUGUUGCCAUUCCUUCUCACAGCACUUAAAAGAUGUUUAGGGACUGAAGACACUAAGUAAUGAAGUGUUUCAGGUGUUAUUUUGUCCCAUUCUUCCUGCAAACAGGUCUUAAGGUGUGCAACAGGACGGGGCCAUCACUGUCAUGUUUUUCAUUUCAAAAUUCCCCACACAUUCUCUAUUGGGGACAGAGGGGACAGGCACCCUCUUCUUCCACAGCCAUGCCUUUGUAAUGUGUACAGAAUGUGGUUUUGCAUUGUUUUGUUAAAAUAUCCCUGGAAAAGAUGUCGUCUUGAAGGCAGUACAUGUUGCUCCAAAAACUCAAUGUACAUUCAUGCAUUAAUGCUGCUAUGACAGAAGUUACCUUUGCCAAGUUCACUGACACAACCCUAUACCAUGACAGAUCCUGGCUUUUGGACUUGUUGCUGGUGUCAGACAGGAUGGUCCUUUUUGUCUUUGGUCCGGAGCACACAGCAUCCAUUUCUUCCAAAAAAGACCUAGAACACUUAUUCAUCUGACCACAAUACACAUUUCCACUGUGAUGGUCCAUCCCAGAUAGCGUCCGAGCUCAGAGAAGUUGACAGUGCUUCUGGACACGGUUAACAUAAGGCUUCCUUUUUACACAGUAAGGUUUAACUGGCAUUUGUGGAUGUCAUGCUCCGCCCCAGACAUCCACUCUGGAGAUUACAGAUCUCUCACGCCAGCACCGAUCCGGAUCUGGGACGGAAAUUCCAUCCCACUUGAACUCACUUCCUGGUUUUCACCGCUGCUUAUUUAAAGGCUGUUCUCAGACUCUGACUUUGUCAGAACGUCUCGUUUGUUUUCUCUAGCCGUUUCUGUGCCGUUCAUGCUUUUCAUGGGUUUUCCUUCUCGCUAUUUUUCUAGUUCAUGUUUUUUGCACCAAGUUUUUUUUUUCUUGUUCAUGGUUUUUUGCUUUAAUGUUUUUGUCUUUACCUGUCUCGUGUUUUUGUCAGGUUUUUGUCUCUUGUUACCCGGACUAUUUUUUGCCAUUUGUGUUUUUGUCCUGUUUUGCUACCUUUUUGCCAUGCCCUUUUUUUCCCUGGAUUAAAUCACCUUAUUUAUUGGAUUACUGUCUGUGCAUUUUUCUGCUUCUGGAUCCAAACUUCACCUCCACCACCCAUAACCGUACGUUCUGGCCAACAUGGAUCCAGCGGAAUUCGCCCAUCUGAGAACGGCCGUCCAGCAACAAGACCUACAGCAAAUUACCCAGAACCUCGCCACCCUGUCCGACUCACUCAACCUCCUCCUCACCACGCAGAUUCAGCACUUUCAAGCCGUGCCUACCCCUGCCCAGCCGUCUCCGACUUCAGCUCCUGCCACCGCCUUUCUCCACAAACUCAGACUUCCAGCACCUCAGCCCUACGAUGGAGAACCAGAUACUUUCAGAUCAUUUCUGUCUCAAUGCUCUUUGAUCUUAGCGCUGCAACCUCUGGCCUUCUACACAGAACGCUCCUGGGUAGCAUAUGCCAUCACGCUCCUCACCAGCAAGGCCAGAGAGUGGGGAACAGCGGUCUGGGACGCCGAUGCACCCUUUUGUUCCAGUCUCAAGGAUUUCUUCUAGGAGAUGAGGCAAACUUUGGACUGUUCUCUGUCCGGCCGGGAGGCGACUAGAGGGCUCAUGGAGCUGCGGCAGGGGUCCUGGUCUACCUCGGACUAUGCCAUCAAGUUUUGGAUGUUGGCGACAUCGUGCAGUUGGAACGAGAGCGCCCAGAUUGAUGUGUUCCUGCAUGGUCUGUCCGACGCCAUUAAGGACGAAUUGGUAUCAUAGGAACUGCCGUUGAACCUCUCCAGCCUCAUGGAUCUCGCCAACCGCAUCGACGCCAGGGUCCAGCAACGGAGGAGAGAGAAGAACCGCCCCAGCUUCACCUCCUCUCCACCUCCCGCCACGUCUGUUGAACCCAUGCAGGUAGACCGGGUUCGGGUGUCAGUGGAGGAAUGACAUCACCGGUGGACCACGGGGGCCUGCUUCUACUGCGGUCAUCUGGUACACAUCUGCCAAGCCUGCCUGCUAAAAGGACAAGCCCACCAGUUGAAUCGAGGGGCCCGGGUGGGCAACGCUCGGAACCAGUUCCCUGCUAAUCAUCCAUUACUCCCUGUGUCAUCAUUAUCCAUGACAACCAGCAUCACCACCUCCAGGCCCUUGUCGACUCAGGGGAGGACAGGAACCUGAUCUGCUCCGCCACUGCCAAGCGUCUGGGAAUCCCACUACUCACUCUCGACGUCCCUCUCACUGUCCUGACACUCAAUGGCACCAGCUUGACCACCAUCAUCCACCUUACCGCCCCACUCACCCUGAGGAUUUCCGGUAACCACUCAGAAACCAUCCAGCUUCAUGUCAUGAACGACCCCCAUGUAUCCAUUGUUCUCGGAUUACCAUGGUUAACGCAGCACAACCCCCACCUAAACUGGGCUGGCAACACCAUCCUAGGCUGGAGCCAGUUUUGCCUAGCUUCCUGUCUGAAUUCCGCUCUGCCUCCCAUCAAACCACUGCAGCCUUCAGCCAGUGAGUUCCCCGACCUCUCUCACGUGCCUCCGGAAUAUCUGGACCUUAAACUUGUCUUCAGCAAGACCCGAGCAGUAUCCCUCCCUCCUCACAGACCCUAUGAUUGUGGACUCGACCUCCUACCCGGGACAGCGCCACCCAAGAGACGACUCUACUCUCUCCCAUUGAAAGGCAAGCCAUGGAGAAAUACAUCUCUGAAUCUUUGGCAGCUGGGAUCAUCCGCCCUUCCUCCUCCCCAGCAGGGGUGGGAUUCUUCUUCAUGGAAAAGAAGGACAAGUUGCUCCGCCCCUGCAUUAUCAGGGUCUCAAUGCCAUCAUGGUCAAGAACCGCUACCCACUACCGCUCAUGACCACGGCCUUCGAACUACUCCAGGGAGCCAAGUUAGAUCUACGCAAUGCAUACCAUCUUGUUAGGAUCAGAGAGGGAAUGAGUGGAAGACGGCCUUUAACACCACCACUGGUCACUACGAGUACCUCGUGGUCUUUUUUGGCCUGACCAACGCGCCCGCAGUCUUCCAGGCACUCGUUAACGAUGUCUUAAGGGACUUCCUAAACAUCUUCAUUUUCGUAUACCUGGAUGACAUCCUGAUCUUCUCUCGCUCCCUGGAGGAACACCAGGGUCACGUCUGGCAGGUCCUCCAGCACCUGCUAGAGAACAAACUGUUCGUCAAGGCGGAGAAGAGUGAAUUUCACCAGAACUCUGUCUCGUUUCUGGGAUUCAUCAUCUCCCCGGCAAGGAUCCAGAUGGAUCUGCUCAAGCUUGAGGCAGUCGCUGAUUGGCCCACCCCAUCCUCAUGACGAGAGCUCCAGCGUUUCCUGGGGUUCAGCAAUUUCUACAGGCGCUUCAUCCAUGACUUCAGCACGGUGGCCGGACCUCUCACGGCGUUGACCUCGAUCAGGAGCCCAUUCAAGUGGGGGGAGGAAGCAGAGAAAGCCUUCUCCAUGCUCAAGCACAAGUUCAUCACAGCACCCAUUCUCACCAUACCCAAUCUGGCUAAACAGUUCAUUGUGGAGGUCGACGCUUCCGAGUCAGGGGUCGGCGCCAUCUUCUCCCAGAGGGCCAGUGAUGACAAGGUCCACCCCUGCUCCUUCUUCUCUCGCUGGCUGUCCCCUGCUGAACAAAACUAUGGCAUCGGCGACAGAGAGCUGUUGGCCAUCAAGCUCGCCUUGGAGGAGUGGAGGCACUGGCCUGAGGGAUCGGAUCUCCCCUUCCUUGUCUGGACUGACCACAAGAAUUUAGAAUACCUCAAGUCCGCCAAAUGUCUCAAUUCACGGCAAGCCCGAUGAUCUCUCUUCUUCUCCCGUUUCUGUUUCACGCUCUCCUACCGCCCAGGCUCCAAGAACGGCAAACCCGACACCCUGUCCAGAAUAUUCUCUUUCCGCCAGGAGGAGUCUAGAACACCUGAAACCAUCCUCCCUCCACGUUGUCUGGUGGGAGCCGCCCUACUUGAAGUAGAGAGGUUAGUGCAGAAGACCCUAGAGCAGGACCCCGGAGAAGGUAACUCAAGCAACACACCCCUUAACCAUCUGUUUGUUCCCUGUUCUGUGCGAACCCAGGUGCUGCAGUGGGGUCAUGGCUCCAAGUUGGCCUGUCACACGGGAGCUGCUCGAACCCUGGCACUUUAUCCAACAACGCUUCUGGUGGCCAUCCAUCAAGGAAGACAUCCAGGUGUUCGUGGCAGCCUGCGACACAUGUGCCCAGAACAAGACAGCUAAUCGACCCCCUGCCGGCUUGCUAAGACCCUUCCUGACUCCUCAUCGACCCUGGUCUCACAUCACCCUGGACUUCGUCACAGGACUCCUCAACUAAGGCGGCAACACAUGCAUCCUCACAGUUAUCGACUGGUUUUCCAAGUCAGUCCAUUUCAUCCCUCUGCCCAAGCUUCCCACAGCUAAAGAAACCGCCAAAUUACUCAUCCUCCAUAUUUUCCGCAUACACGGACUCCCCACUGACAUUGUCUCCGACCGGGGUCCUCAAUUCACCGCGCAGUUCUGGAGGGCCUUCUGCAAACUCAUUGGGGCCUCCUGUAGUCUCUCCUCAGGUUUCCAUCCCCAAACCAACAGCCAGGUGGAACAGGCGAAUCAAGAUUUGGAGGUGGCACUCGGGUGUAUGGCGUCCAGGGAUGCCGGUUCUUGGAGUAAGUACUUACCUUGGGUCGAAUGCACUCAUAACACUCUUCCUCCAUCUGCCACAGGUCUCUCACACUUCCAGUGUUCCCUAGGUUACCAACCACCACUCUUCCCCAACCAAGAGGAGGUUGUCACCGUACCCUCAGCCCAGAUCUUCAUACGCCGCUGCAGGAGGACGUGGGCAUUGGCCCGGAGAAGACUCAUUCACUCCGCCCUAGCAUCCAAGAGGCAGGCCGACAAAUGCCGCUCUAAGGCACCCACCUACCGGGUGGGGCAACAAGUCAUGCUCUCCACAUGCCAUCUGCCACUCAGAACCGUCUCUCGCAAGCUGGAUCCCAGGUACCUAGGACCUUUCCUCAUCAGUAAGGUAAUCAAUCCAUGUUCCGUUAGACUGGCACUACCACUCACCAUGCGACGCAUCCACCCUACAUUCUACGUGUCACAGCUUAAACCUCUGGUCUCUAGCUCUUUGUACAUUUCAAUAAUUUUUUCAUGCAUUUGUUGACAAACUGGAGAUCCUCGGCCCAUCUUUACUCCUCGAAGACUAGGCCUUUCCUGGAUAUCCUAUAUGUACCAAAUCAUGAUUACAAUCAUCUGUUGACAUCACCUGUUUCAAAUCACAUCAUUAUUUAAUUGUUUUACAUCCGUACUAGCCCUAAAUUGCCCUGUCCCAACUUUUUUUUUUAAAUGGAAUGUGUUGCAGGCCUGAAUUGCAUGAAUGGAUGUAUAUUAACAAAUGAAAUGACGCUGACCAGACAAAACAUGAAAUAUCUUCGAUUCAUACUGUCUGCAAUGAAAUACAAGUCAAAAUAAAUUUAGAAUUCACUGCUUUCUUUUUUUAUUUACAUUUUACAUACCAUCCCAACUUUUUCUGAUUUCAGUUUGUAAUCUAAUUUUUAAUUUUAGAAUCAUUACUUCCUAAGCAGUCAUGUAUUUCAUGAAUUUGAUGCAAAACCAUAAACAUACCUUAUUACAAGACUUUAUUGAAUACUUGAUUCCGAUUGGUCAGUUACAUUAUUCUAUGGUCUGUUAUUUGUUUAUAACAGAUUGUUGUUAUUGACCAUGUCAUUAGCGGAAGCAGUAAAAUGAUUUUUAAAUAAAUUUUUAAAAAUUUCUAAAUCAAUAUUUUGUCAGUUAUUGUUUUCGUUAGUAUGUAACCAUGUAAUAAGUGAGAUAAUAUGCAGCGAGCCCAUCAUCAUCACGAAAUAAACCCUUUCAGGGUGAUCAUUCUGCUGUGGAUCGGGGUCCUGCAUCAACCUGGUGGAGUUUAAUGUGCGAUAAUGAUGACUGUACGUUAUCCCUUAUGUAAUGGCUAUCUUGGACAAAUUAAAUGUUAUUUUUAUAAGA